CAGCUACCUUCUUCCAAUCUAAACUACUAGCUUUGAUCAGCCAUGGCCUCCAUCUCCCAUAUUACCUCAUUCCUUGCUCUCUCUCUUCUUCUCUUACUGGUUUUCUCUGCUGAUGCUCAACUCUCUUCAAACUUCUACGCUGCAACUUGCCCAAACUUGCAGUCCAUAGUGCGCUCCGCCAUGGCCAAAGCGGUGAAGAAAGAGCCUCGCAUGGCUGCCUCCAUUCUCCGCCUCUUCUUCCACGACUGCUUCGUUAAUGGUUGCGAUGGUUCGAUUCUGCUUGACGACACCCCGACAUUUACAGGCGAGAAGAAUGCAUUUCCUAACCAAAACUCAGCCAGAGGAUUUGAAGUCAUUGAUGCCAUUAAGUCGAGCGUGGAGGCCUCCUGCAAAGCAACGGUGUCCUGUGCUGACAUUCUCGCUCUUGCUUCUCGCGAUGGAGUUGUUAAGCUCGGCGGGCCUAAAUGGACUGUAGCUCUCGGCCGAAGAGACGCCACCACGGCCAGCCAAAGCUCGGCGAACAGCGAUCUCCCAGGCCCGUCGUCGAGCCUCUCCACUCUCAUCUCCAUGUUCGCCGGAAAGGGUCUGACUGCGCGUGACAUGACGGCGCUCUCCGGCGCACACACCAUAGGACAGACCCAGUGCCAAUUCUUUCGCUCUCGCAUCUACAACGACGACAACGUCAACCCCAGCUUUGCCACCCUUCGACAGGGAAACUGCCCACAAACGUCCGGCGGAGAUAGCAACUUGGCGCCGCUGGACGUACAGAGCCCGAACAAGUUUGGAGCUGAAUACUACCAGAACUUGCUCGGCUCUCGAGGCCUGCUGCAUUCAGAUCAAGAGCUCUUCAAUAAUGGAACUCAGGAUGCUUUGGUGAGGCAGUACAGCCAAAACAGGAAUCUUUUCUUCAGCGACUUUGCUGCAGCUAUGGCGAAGAUGGGAGCUAUUACUCCGCUUACAGGAAGCAAUGGGGAGAUUCGUUUGAAUUGCAGGAAGGUUAAUUCGUGAUUGUUAAUUUGUCUAUUUGUCAAUUGUACUAUUUGUAGAACAAAUUUAUUAUAUAAUUCUUUUAUUGAAUUU